AUGGCCAGAGAAAGUGAUGCUCCUAAGGAGCCCCAAACCCCGGCACGCCCGAAGGAAACGACAAAGCAUUCGAUAUCUCAGGAGCCAGAGUUUGGCAAACCCUCACCUCUUGGUCAACCGGCGCAAAGGUCCAAUACCAAUCACCUUUUCAAUAUCCCCAAGCAAAACCGGGCGCGACCAGAGCACCAUCGGGCUUAUCAACAGCAGUCGCAACCGCCACACCCUACUCAGCAGAACAGACCUCAACAUGGAGCUCCUCCAGCUCCCCGACCCCCAGGAGUAUCCGGCGGCACUUCAGCCACACCCUCCGCAAACCGACGUGGGCCAUUUGACCCGUUCCAGCCCGUUAGACCAUCUGCAUACAAUGAUUAUCGUUCAGCAAUGCCUCCGGGUGCGACUCCGAUCAAACGCCCCGAGAAUGUGACGUAUGCAACCCCUCGAGCCCCGAGAGCACUUUUCACAUCAAAGCCAUCAGCAGUAAAGCCGUCCUUCGCUUCAAAGAACCUUCAAGCUUUUAUCGAUCUUACACAACAGGAUGAGCCUUCUACUUCUUCUCAGAAAUAUAGUCAACCAAGCACUUUUGGGUCCGCAGACGUUCAUGGCUAUGUUGAUUCUGCCAAAGCGAAUGAGAAUAUCAAGGCUUUGCUUGAGGGUGCCUUCGAAGAGGAAGAAGAAGCAAAGGCAAAGUCCAAGGGCAAAAAGAAGAAGAAGACAAAAAAGAGUCAUUCCAAGAAUGCUGAAAAGAAAGAGCCCAUUCCACCAGCGGCAAACGACAUUGACCUCGAUGACUUAGCUGCUCAACUCCAAGGAGUUUCUGUCAACGACGCGAAAGAUAACGCAACAGACUCUACCGAAGAAGGCAUCGAUGCGAAGAAAGCCAAACCGACCAAAAAGGACACGAAAGAAGCACUCGACAAAGGUGAAGACUUGGAUGAUGAGGAUGACGAGGACCACGAGGCUGAAGCAGAGGAGGAUGACGAAGAGGAUUCGGAUGAUGAAGAAGAUCUUAUCGUCGAAGGGCUGAAGGUCACGUUGAUGCCCCAUCAAGUUGAUGGUGUACGCUGGAUGUGUGACAAGGAAUCUGGCCGACACUCAACAAAAGGAAUUGUGCCCAAGGGUGGAAUUCUCGCGGACGACAUGGGGCUAGGCAAAACCGUUCAAGCCAUAUCUCUAAUGCUCAAAAACCGAAAGACCGACGACGAACACAGCGACGAUACCGCAACCAAGAAUAAAGAUGACGAAGAUGCACCACCAUUAUCUAAGCUUAGCAGCACCACGCUUGUAGUUGCACCGCUAGCACUAAUCAAGCAAUGGGAAGCCGAGAUUGAUGACAAAAUUGAGAAAUCUCACAAGCUUCGUGUCUGUCUAUAUCACGGGACAAACCGCGCAAAGACUGCCAGGUCACUGGGAGACUACGACGUUGUCAUUACCACCUACGGAACUCUUACUUCCGAGUCAAGCACAGCAGCUGCAGACAAGGCUAAGAAGUCAGGAAUCUUUUCCGUUUACUGGUACCGAAUUAUUCUUGAUGAGGCCCACACCAUCAAAAACCGGAAUGCCAAGGCUACACAGGCUGCAUGUGCUUUGGAUUCCAUGUAUCGCUGGUGCUUGACCGGAACACCCAUGCAGAAUAACCUAGAUGAGUUGCAGAGCUUAAUCAAGUUCCUCCGUAUCAAACCUUUUGAUGAACUUGCCACAUGGCGUGAUCAGAUCAGCAAACCACUCGCAAACGGACGGGGUGGCCUUGCUAUUCAACGCCUCCAAGUCUACUUGAAAGCUUUCAUGAAGCGGCGGACCAAGGAUGUCUUAAGAGAAAAUGAGAACGACACAUCUGGAGUGGAUGGCAAACCCAAAAAGUCCAAUGGCUUCAAGAUUGUCAAGCGUGAAGUCAUCAAGGUGGAGGCGGAGUUCAUGGAAGGAGAAAUGAACUUUUACAAACGAAUGGAAAAACGCACCGAAAAUCGUCUUGAGGAGAUGAUGGGUGGAGCAAAGGUUGACUAUGCUGGUGCGUUGGUCUUGCUCUUGCGACUUCGUCAAGCGUGUAACCACCCCGAAUUGGUCAAGAGUGAUUUGGCCGUGGACAAAGAUGUUCUUUUGCAGAAUGGCAACCCGGGAAGCCAGUCCUCCGACUCAAAGAAGGACGAAUUGGACGAUAUGGCUGAUCUCUUUGGCGGGUUAAGUGUCAUGACCAAGAAGUGUGAUAUUUGUCAAGCCGUACUUAGCCAAGUUGAAGCGAAGAGCGGGGCCAGUCACUGCAGCGAGUGUGAGACCGACCUGAACACCAACUUCAUGACCAAAGACAGCAAGAAGAAGCCAAAGAAAACACACAAACACCAUGAGGUUACUACAAUUACGAGCCCUGUUUCUCAGGCCCGUUCCCGCAAGAACCGCAGGGUGAUUCUUGAUAGUGACGAUGAAGAUGAGGAAGAUGAAGCCGAGUGGAUUGUCCCUGAGCACCAGCGCAAGAUGCCCAGCCUUGGGAAAGCCGGUGGAUCUGAAGAUGAAGACGCUGAAGGUGGCGGGGAGUGGAUUGGCUCCGGCGACUCUGACCUGGACUCACCCUCGGCGAAGAAAACCCAGACUAUUGUUUUGAGCAGCUCCGAUGACGAAUCCGACUCCGAUGAAGACAUUCCUUACGAAGGGGAGAACGGAGAGCUCCCGUCGACCAAGAUUCGUCACUUGAUGAAACUUCUCAACAAGGAAUCCGCAGACUACAAAUUCAUUGUCUUUUCCGUUUUUACCUCGAUGCUCAACAAAAUUGAGCCAUUCUUGAACAGUGCAAACAUUGGAUUUGCGCGUUACGAUGGUAGCAUGAGAAAUGAUCAUCGCGAAGCCAGUCUCAACAAGUUGAGAAAUCACAGUGGCACUCGUGUAUUGCUCUGCAGUCUGCGGGCCGGCGCAUUGGGCCUGAACCUGACAGCUGCCAGUCGUGUUGUCAUCCUGGAACCAUUUUGGAACCCCUUCGUGGAAGAACAAGCCAUUGACCGUGUCCACCGUCUUAAUCAAACAGUCGACGUCAAGAUUUACCGAAUGAUUAUCAAGGGCAGCGUGGAGGAGAGAAUCGUUGCCCUGCAAGAUCGCAAACGAGAGCUGGCCAAUAUGACUAUCGAGGGCAAAUCUGCGGCCGGCAAACUGACCAUGAACGACAUGAUGGCUCUGUUCGGUCGUGAUGCUGAAUCCAAAUACACCCCGACCGACGAUCAGGGGAAAUUAGACUUCAAGCAGUCAACUCGACUACUUGACUCCUCGGAAGACAUUCACCCUCCCACACCUUCUCAGUCUUCCACACGAACCGACUCUCAUAACCGAGACCGUCGGCAGCAAUCUAACAGGCCAACACCUGAAGACUCCGUCUAUGGUCGACGCUGGUAA